GUUUGAUAGUUCUCUAGUUUUGAAAAGCAUCUCAGUUGAUAUUAUGGCUGCUGAAAAGAUUGAAAUUGUUGGUCGAACUGAAACUUCUAGAAGUAUUGUAAUUGACGAUAUUAACAUCAAUACUAUUGGGUUAAGGGAUCUUAGAA